AUGACAUUAGAAUAUUAUAACGAACAUAAAGAUGAACUGAAAGGAGAGAAGGGUGACACCGGACCUCAAGGACCACAAGGAAUACAAGGAAUACAAGGAAUACAAGGAAUUCAAGGACCUCAAGGCGAAAACGGUUUGGAUGGAAAGGAUGGAAAGGAUGGAAAAACUGCUAAAUCAUGGAUAUGGGACCUUAUAAAUACUGGUUUAACAGCUGCUUCAUAUGGAGUUCUUCAAUACCAAAUCGGAAAGAUAUGGGCGGUACUUGGUGAAGAAGUUUUAAAUGACGUUAAAAAUGCUUUGAACUUCAUUUCAAAUGGUUCGGAUACUAUUAAAACUUUAUCUGGUUGGAUGCAAGAAACAAGGAGUCAAAUAGAUACUGUAAGACGUAUAGCAAACAAUGCACGUACGGGAUUGGAUACUUUACGACAAGCACAAAAUACACUAAAGGAAGCAAAUGAUAUUCUUGGCUCAGUAUCAGACAUGCAUGAAGAUUGGCUUAAAGGUAUUGACAAAUCUUUAAAAAAUCACAGUCAGUCUAUUGCUGACUACAAGAAAAGUAUAGAUUUUUUACAUAGUGCUAUGGACGUACAUGAUGGAAGCAUAAGGAACUUACUUAAUGCUAACAAUAACUUACCAGGAACUAUUAAAGCAUUUAUAAAGUCCUUUGUAAAACCCGGUGCUCUAACAUUUAGGUCUUUGAGAGCAAGAGCAUUGAAGUCAAGAGAUGCAGAAACUCCAACAGAACCUACAGAAGGAACUGAAACAACAGAAACUCCAGAAGAACCACCAAAACCAACAGCUAAUGAAAUAUUGUUCGAAUAUUUUCCAAGGUACUCUGUUCUCAUUGCAUACAUUCAAGAAAUACUUAAGAAAGCAGACUUGACUUUAGGAGAUGAUGAAAGUUCUGUAUAUCUUUCGUUCCAGUUUCAAAUAGCAGAACUUUUGAGACAGAUAU